CGAUGGCCGGCCCGCCGAGCUGCUAGCUCCGCUCACGCGCACAUGUCCGCCUUCAAGCGCACGCGCGCGGAGCGCUUCGCGGCCUUCGCGUCGACGUCGACGCAGGAGGCGGGCGAGAGCCGCUACUGGGGCCGCCUGAAGCCGUCCUUCGCCUGCGACUUCCCGAGCCCCAUCAGCGCCGUCGCCUUCGCGCCCGGCGAGGUGCGCGGCCCCGACGGCGCGCCCGUGUACCGCGUCUGCGUCGCCGCGGGCCUGGACGUCCACGUGUUGUCCGUGGGCGCGCGCCUCGGCAGCAGCUGGGACGCGCCGCGGCGGAAGUCCGUCGGGAGGUUCAAGGCAGUCGCCCAGGGCGCGUGCUGGCGGGGCGACGGCCGCCUGAUCGCCGUCGGCGACGCCGAGGGCGCGGUGCACCUCGUCGACGCCGCGAGCGGCGCGACGCUGCGCAGGCUGGCCAAGGGCCACGGCGCGGGCCGCGCGGCCAAGGCCGCGUGCUGGGGCCACGACAACUCCGUGUGCUCCGCGGGCGCGGACGGCACGCUCGUGCUCUGGGACGUGACGACGGGCGCGGGCGUGCGGCGCGUCGAGAACGCCCACGCCGACGCGGCGACGGGCCUCGCGUCGCGCGGCGACGGCAUGGUCGCGUCGUGCGGCUACGACGGGCUGGCCAAGCUCUGGGACCUGCGCCAGGGCGGCGCGCGCGCCGCGCGGACCUGGGACCACGGCACGCGCUGCGAGACCAUCGUGGCCGUGCCCGGGGGCAACCUCUUCGCGACGGCCGGCGGCCGCGACGUCGCGCUCUGGGACGGUUUGGACGACGCCGUGCUGCACCGCUUCCGCGACGCGCACGCCAAGUCGGCGACGUGCCUCGCCGUCGACGGCGCGCGCACGCGCUUGCUGAGCGGCGGCCUCGACGGUCUGGUCAAGGUCCACUCGCUCGCGGACCACGCGACGGUCGCGCGGUGCGGCCGCUACGCGGCGCCCGUGAACGCGAUCGCGGUCGCCGGCGGCGACGCGGCGGGCGACGCGCGCCUGCUGAACCGCGUGCUCUGCGUCGGCACGAACGCCGGUUUAUUGGACGGCCGCGCGCGCGACGUCUCCGCGCGCCGCGACGACCGGCGGCAGACGCUCAAGCCGCCGCCGGGCACGUUCCGCCACUUCGGCCGCGGCAAGGCCUUCUCGCCGGGCGCCCCCGAGGGCUCCGAGCCGCUCGUCGUCCGCGCGCGCGCGCCGAAGCUGGCCGCGCACGACGACGCGCUCCGCGGCUUCCGCUACAAGGACGCGCUCGACGAGGCGCUCAAGACGCGGGACCCGACGGUCGUCGUCGCCGUGCUUGAGGAGCUCGACCGCCGCGGCGGCCGGGCCAUCGCCCUCGGCGACCGCGACGAGAAGCGCCUCGAGCCCGUGCUCUCCUUCGCCGCCGCGCACGUCGCGCACCCGCGCUACGGGUCGCGCCUCGUGCCCGUCGUCGACGCGCUCCUCGACAUCUACGGCGGCGACCUCGGCGCCCACCCGUCCCUCGACGAGCUCUUCGCGAAGAUCCACAAGAACGCGACGACGGAGGUCGGCGCGAUGACCGCGCUCCUCGGCGUCUCCGGCGCCCUCGACGCGCUCCUCGCGACGAACCGGCUCCGCCUCGACGCGUAAAUACGGCUCAGUGUCUC